ACGGGAAUCAGUUGAUAGUAAACAGUCGUGUGGUGAGGUCGUGUCGCUCCGAGGGCUCAGCUGGCAUCCCUUGACAGUGCUCGUGACUUGUAAUUGUGUCUUGAACCGUAUAUUGAUUGUGAUUCACACCGCUGCUUUGGAUUCCUACCCGUAGGCGGCUCAGAAGGUGACGUCCCUGCACGCCUUGUGGAUUUUUUGCUGGUCUAGAAGCGCAAGGUAUAAUCUGAAGUUGUGCAGUUUUGAGGGAGGACUGAGAGAGAGGAGAAAAAAAAAAAAUAGCGGCCGGUGAGGGAGAGAAGUGUUGCGGGCUGCAGCUAUGUCACACUGACGCCACACAGCUGACAGGUGAGGCGUGGUGGAAGGGUUGAGGCGAGAUUGGGAGAGCAAGAGGCCCAUACUCCCUGAGGAGAGCAGCAGCAGCAGCAGCAGGACAGGUAGGCAGGUGGCAGGGCAGCUUGGCAGUGCACCACCACCAUGUCUCACCACAGCGAUGAAAACGCCAUAUACACCUCUACAGACUCCUUCUGGGAGAUUGGUAACUACAAAAGAACAACCAAAAGAAUUGAAGAUGGCAACAGACUUUGUGACGACUUGAUGAAACUUGUGUCGGAGAGAGCAGAGAUUGAGAAGAUGUAUGCUAAGAGUCUCAAGGAAUGGGCAAAAAAAUGGAACAACAUAAUAGAAAAAGGUCCAGAGUACGGCACGACGGAGGCUGCAUGGAAGGGGGUACUGAUGGAGGCAGAGCACCGGUACGAGCUGCAUACCCAUGUCAAGGAGAACCUUAUGAAUGAGGUGCACAGCAACAUCAAACAGUGGCAGAGAGACAACUAUCACAAGUCUAUGAUGGGACAACUAAAGGAAAAGAAAGAUAUUGAGGACUUGUUCAAGAAAGCACAAAAGCCUUGGGCAAAACUAUUUGAGAAGGUCAACAAGUGCCGGGCAGACUACCACAGUGCCUGUAAAAAUGAACGAUCAGCCCAGAACCAGGAGAGGAACGCCGGUGGAGACUCCUCUCUCUCUCCAGACCAGCACAACAAUAUGAAGAUGAAGAAACUGACGGACCGAGUCUCCAAGGCCAAGGAAGAGGUGGCAAGAGGGAAGGAAAAGUAUGAUGCGUCUUUGAGAGAAAUAUCAGAUUAUAACCCUAAAUAUAUUGAGGAUAUGACUCAUGUAUUUGAGAAAGCACAGGAAUCUGAAUCAAAGAGGUUAAUAUUCUUCAAGGAUAUGCUCUUCAGCACCCACAAAUGCCUCAACAUAUCAAAUGAUCCCAGUUUGCCACGGAUCUAUGAAGAGUUCAACCACACUGUUGCCAAUGCUGACUAUGAGAAGGAUCUGAAGUGGUGGAGCAACAACCACGGGGUCAACAUGCCCAUGAACUGGCCGUCCUUCGAGGAGUAUUCUGAAGAAUUCCGCGACAUAAGCAGCAAAGGCAAGCGCAGUGGACACAUUCCCGAGGGGGCCAUCACCCUGCUGAACCAGCGCACCGUGGGAGAUGACCUGCCAGAGUAUACACCUGACCUACAACGCAUCAGCAAGAAGACGACCAAGGGGGCAGUAAGUGGUGGCGGUGAUGUCACACUCACAGCUGUUAAAGGAACCUCCAACAACACCUCAGCAACCUCUAAAUCCUCAGACAACAAUCGACAUUCAGCUGUCAGCGACCCACAGGAGUCACAGGAAGCACCUAAUGAGGAGGACGAUCCACAUAGUCAAAACAAUGGUGUGAGUGGUGGUGAUGAUGACGAGUGGGACUGCAGUGAUCGCACAUUUGAUCCCAACAAACCUGGUGUUCCUGUCCGAGCCUUGUACGACUAUGAAGGGGUGGAGGCAGAUGAGCUCUCAUUUAAAGUUGGGGAGGUGUUUGACAAGUUGGAAGAUGAAGAUGAACAGGGGUGGUGCACAGGCCGCAAAGAUGGCCAUGUAGGUCUGUACCCAGCUAACUAUGUGGAAUUGAUCUAAGGACACCACCAUCCCUGACCAGAGGACUCAACUCCAGGAUGUGUGAUAGACAUAAGUAUCCGUGCAGUCACAGGAUCCUAUUUUAGGGGGAUUUGUAUACUUCAAUGAAGUGAGUAUACUUCAGUGGAGUGAAUUACUGUCUACCCUAAGAGUUUGAAAGUUAAGCUAACUUGUUCAGGUCUUUUGAUUCUCUGUCUAUCUUACACUUGACUUUACAUUGAGAACUCUUAAUUAACCUGCUGUGUAGCCUGUGAUGUAGAGAAUAUCAGUGAAAUGUGUUAGACUCACCAUAUGGCUUACCAUUGUAAAAGUACAUGUAGAUAAGUAACAUUCUGCAUAUUUUUUCUAGUGUAUUACAUGAAAUACAUCAUCUGUACCAGGUAUGUCCUAGCAGAUUGUGGGAUCACAUGUUGUAUGUACUGUAUAUUAUUAAUGUGAAUGAGAAUGCUUGAUAGGUAAGUAUAUUCCAAAUAUAGGUCUAGAACAUCUGUAAAGUUAUUUGGAAUAAUGAUUCUCUGGGGAGUAUGAUUCUGCAUUUUAUUAUUAUUAUUAUUAUUAUUAUUAUUAUUAUUAUUAUUAUUAUUAUUAUUGUUUUAUUUUUUUAUUACUACCACUACUACUACUACUACUACUACUACUACUACUACUACUACUACUGUCAUUAUUAUUAUAUAUUGUUUUUAUACAGAGCAUAAAUUUCAGUUGUGGUGUUACUCCCCCUCCCAAUUUUUCUAUGGGUGGCAUUAAAAGUCCUCUUAAUGAUAGCCACAUUUUUCCCUGCAAAAAAAUUCUUCAUGUUUAUUUUUCAUUUAUUAUGAGCCUUAUGUUUAAUAAAGACAUAUUUGUUUGUAGUAAAAUUCUUUAAAUUUCCAAUAUAUGUGUAUUUUUACAGAAAAUAUAUCCUUAUUUCCAUAUUAAUGAAAUUUGUUAAUGAAUAUUUGAAUUGCAGAAGCUAUAAUAGUUGAAUAAGUUCAUAUAAUGAGUAACAUACUUUUAGUGAAAUAUUAGGUUUACUUGAAUGUAUAAUUGAUGGAAGGAGUUAUAUAAUAUAUGAGAGAACAGCAGAAUGGCUAACUAAAUUUAGCAAAGGAUAAGUGCUUUUAUGCUCAUGCCACUUGCAAACACAGGAGCCAUUCAGGUAAAGAAGAUUUACUUGACUUGUAUAAAAUAAUUCCAUCACCACAUUUCUAUCCAGUGCUUCUAAUUGCAUUUGGUAUUACAGGAUUGACCUUUGUGGAUGUAUCAUUCACACACUUGUUACAUCAUUUUUCAAGUGUUGGGUUGGUCCUUGUAUGUUUUCAGGCAUUGGGCAUAAAACAGGACAGUAUUAAUUGUUCAAAAGAAAUGAGAGGUUCCAGCAGCCACUGCCUGUGGUCACGUUGUAGGGAGAGCUGCAGGCAGGACCGCUGCUCAGGACAGGCUGUGUCCUGGUAAUGAUGCAUAUAUAACGAAUGUAUAUAGCACUUGUUUAUUCCAGUAAGUGACAUGUACAAUGUACAUAAUGUUAUCUGCAUGGUGUAGGCCUCACUGUUAUGUAAUCACUUAGAUGUUUCUGCCUUCCUCCUCAAUUAUGUAUUUAUUUUGAUAUGAAAAAUUCCUGAUAUUUGUUCCCACCAUGUGUAAUUUUCUUAAUAUUUAUAGACAUUAUUAAGCUCCAAACAACAGUUUCUUAGCACUGUCCUCUCUUAAUUUCAGGACAGGCCACUAAAGUAGCUAGUUGUUAGUUAAGUUCUGGACUGAGUCAAAUUGAAACAUCUUUCAUGUUAUUUUUGUUACUUCCCUAUUGAUUUAUGGUGAUAAGAUUAUUAAAUCAUAUGAGAAUAUGUGCAUACUGAUGAGCAGAUAUUCACACUUUAGUUACACCACAAAAGUUAUUUUGGGGAGGAAUUAGUAAUAGAGAUGCCUCACAGUGAUGAAUAUUUUUUCUAAUGAGGAAAGAUCCAUUGUGAGAAUCAAUGUACAGAUCAUAAUAUUUCAUGUCAUUAAAGUACAGCUUAUUUGCUUCUCCAGUUUCCCAGCAUCUCUUAAUUAUUGUUUGUGUCAUAGCUUGGCUUGGAAGUGUACUGAGCCAUAGCUGAAAUUUUCUAAACUUGAAAUAUAACCAAGUAACUUGAAAUAUAACCAAUGUAUUUAAACUUAUGUAAAAUGGUAAAGUAUUCUUUUCAAUCUGGCAAGAACUCCUUAAAGGCUCAUAACACCAUUAAUUACUUAAUAAGUUCAUAAUAUAUUACAAGCUAAACUCUUAUCUGUUAUACCGGCUGCAUAAGGAUCAUGCAUAAAUACACAUGUAUGGCCAAGGGGGAGGGAAUUCAUGUUCAGAGUUGUACAUUAUGUGUAGACGUGUGCACUAAAGGUGGUCUGUCUGUGUACUCCUGUGCUUAACUGUCAUUUACUGAGUGGGGCCUUGUAUUGUGUUGUGGGUACAAUGCAGUCUUUGAAGAGUUGCAGUAAUGUACUUUUAAAACUUACUCCUUUCUUCAUAAGGAAAAUAGUGACAAAAUUAAAAAGUACAAUCAAACAGCCCCAUUUCCAUGCAAUUAUAAAGGAAUUUUUUUCUUAAAUUCUAACCAGGCCACCCCAAGAUGUUAUCUCAUUCUAGCUGCCACUACUGGUAUGACACAGCAGCCUUUGUUUUGUAGGCCACACACUUGUACAUGUGUAUCAUUCUAUCAUUGUGUAAUGUCACCAGAUAUUGUGUCUUGUGUUGCAUUAGAAUAUGAAAAUGAAAGCCAUGUAUGAUCUUCAAAUUCAUCACGUUGUGCCGAUCUUCGUUUCCUGUCAAGUAUUGUUUUGAGUGAUGUGGAUAGAAGUUUUCUUUUAUGAACAUUUUCCUCGUUAAUUUUGUUCUCUCUGCCCAAUAUUUCCUUUGAUUUGCUCUUGUAAAUAUGCUAAAUAUAUUAUUUAAUUACU